AUGUCAGGGUGUUUCGAUAAAGUUCACUUUGACUGCAACAUUGACUUAGAAGGCAAAAGGAAUGCUAUAUCCUCUGUAGUGGCCAGUGCACUCUUCUUUAUCGCUUGGUGGCUAAAUAUCGAUACCGCAGCAGUUUAUGAAAAAGCCGACUGGACAAAUGUGUAUUUCAUCCUCACUGUAGCAAGUACUCUAGCCAUGUUUAUGGUUAAUGCGGUUUCCAACAGCCAAGUUCGUGGAGAAAGUUUAAAUGAAGGUCUUCUUGGAACUAAAGGAGCUCGUCUUUGGCUGAUGGCCGCGUUCGCUCUUUCUUUCGCUUCUCUUGUAGCAGCUACUUGGAUUUUGUUUUCCGACUAUGUUCUUAAAACCGGCGAUCAUCCAGUUUGGCCGGGAGUCUCUCUUUUCCUCACCAAUUUCAUUAUUUUUGCUUCAAGCUGUGUAUACAAAUUCGGAAGAACUGAAGAAAUGUGGGGAUAA